AUGUCAUUUGAGUUUGGCCAGUUUGAGAGCAACCGUGGGGCGGAUCCGACGUCUGAGUUCCUGCAGCGCGAGCGACUGGCGGCAGGCGACCUGCUAGGCGAUGACCAGGCGCUGUUCGGCUCGGCGGUGCCGGGCCGCGUCAGCGACGAUGUAGCGCAGCGGUCGCAGGCGUUCCCCGCCCUGGACGACGAAGCUCCGUUUGAGGACGCCGUCUCGACGAACCUGGGUACGCCGGACGUGCCGCAGGCGGCACCUGGCGCGCAGGACGACACGGCGCGCUUCGAGGCGUCGUUCCCUGCGCUGCGCGAUGAGGCGCCGGCGAGCGAGGAGGAGCGCUUCCAGGCGUCGUUCCCCGCGCUCGAUAGCAAGGCGCCGGCGAGCGAGGAGGAGCGCUUCCAGGCGUCGUUCCCCCCGCUCGACAGCAAGGCGCCGGCCAGUGAGGAGGAGCGCUUCCAGACGUCGUUCCCCCCGCUCGACGGCGAAGCGCCGGCGCCGAGGGAGCCGGCCGAGUCGCUCGGCGUGCCCGACGAGCGCGGCGGGCCGGUGGACGAGGCGGCGUGGGGUGUGGCGCCAGCUGCGCCGGCCGAGCCCGUGUCAGCGCAGGCGCCCGCGCCGACGCCCUUCUCGUACGGCGACCUCGAGGAGGACACGGCGCCGCUGCGCGCGUGGCAGGCCGAGCAGGCGGAGGCCAUUGCGCAGCGCGAGGCGCGCGCCGAGCGGCAGCGCGCCGAGGCCGUCUCGCAGGCCGAGCAGGACAUCGAUCAGUUCUACGCCGAGUACAACGCGCAGAAAGAGAAGAACAUCAAGAAGAACAAGGAGGCGGAGGUGCGCUUCCGCGAGCAGAUGCAGCAGGAGCUGGCGGAGGGCACGACGUGGACGCGCAUCACCAAGCUGCUGGACCUGCAGAACAGCCAGUCGAAAACGAUCGCCAAGGGCGGCCCGGGCUCGACCGACCUGACCCGGCUCAAGGAGCUGUACUUGCAUCUGCGCCGCGAGGGCGACCGGGCGCCUGGCGCUGCCGGCUAUUAG